AACCUGGUCUACAAGAGCUAGUUCCAGGACAGGCUCCAAAAUCUACAGUGAAACCCUGUCUCAAAAAAACAAAGCAAAACAAAAGAGGGGGAGCUGGAACUUUGGGCGUGAGCACAGAAGCUCCAAGUUGGAAAAAAAAAAGGGGGGGGGAUGCUAGAGAUUCUGGCAUGUGUGCCCUGUAGGGCAUCUCAGAUGACCUGUGGUGGAUGCCAAUAAGCUGCCAACUGCAAUAUGUACCCAUGGCUCCUGUGCUGACAGCAGUGGCCACAAAGAUGGUUUGGGUGCUGGGAUUUUUUGGAGCGCUCUUGAGUCCUCAGAGGGUGUGUGUAGAGCCAGUCUGAGAACUUCAGAGCUCAAUGACAGCCCCAGAACUUCAUUCUUGGAAUGGGGUGGACUCAAGAGUCAUCAGGACUUGACCCCCGCACCCAGCCACUUCAAGGCUCUUUUGCCAAUACCAAGGAGCCAACAGAAUCAUCUGGUGAUGACCUCACCUGGGCCCUGGAUGCCCACUAUUCUUUAAAGAUUUAUUUAUGUGCAUAAAUGUUAAGUCACCAUGUGUAUGCAGUCCCCAUAGUAGCCAGAAGCCGGCAUUGGAUCCCUAGAAAUUGGAGUUAUAGGUAGUUGUGAGCUCCUGUGUAGGUGCUGGGAAUUAAAACCUGGGUUCUCUGCAAAAGCAAUAAUUGCUCUUAACUACUGAGCUAUCCCUCCAGCCCCAUGUGUUCAUUAUUCUUAAGACUUCAGAAAGCACUCAGGAGGCAGAAGGCAGACAAAUUUGUCUACAUAGCAAGUUCCAGACCCACCAGAGCUACAGUGUGAGACUCUAUCUCAAAGUUAAUUAAUAAAAAGAGAGUCAAGAGUGUCCUCUACUGCUAACAAAGCCAUAAACUCUAGGAUCAGAUCCACUUCCUCCAGAGGGAGGCAGACCUAACUGGGCCCCGACUGACUCUAAGCUGGGGUAGUACUGCCCAGUGGUAGCAUGCACAAGGCCCUAGGUUCAAUACUCAGUACUUCCCCCAAACCAGCGUUCCUGCACCAGGGAAGCUGAAGCCAAAGGAUCACAAGGGAUACAAAAGAGAAGGGCUGGCAGAUGGCUGAGUGGUUAAGAGCAUCGACUGCUCUUGCAGAGGGCCCACAUUUGAUUGCUAGCAGUCACAUGGCAGUUCACAGCUGUCUAACUCCAGUUCAAGAGGAUCUGAUGCCCUCUUCUUGCCUCCAGAGGCACCAGGCAUGCAACUGAUCAGAGACAUAUAGGCAGGCAAAACUCCCAUAUAUGGAAGAAAAAGAAUUUGAAAUGUAUAUAGGUAAAAACCUGAAAGUGUGUAGAGUGUGUGGUGAGGACAGUUGGGCCAAAUCUGUUGAACAGGUGUGCUUUUUGGAUCUAAUAAGUUACUCUGUGCCACAGAAGUGGUCUGGCUGGUUGUUUGGCUGAUUGGAACAUGGACCCAAAAGUAGCCAAAAACUAGAUGGGAGCAGAUAGUGAAAAUGUUCCAAACCAUGGUCCCUAAAAGUAAUCUUCUGCCUCUGACCCUUUGUUACUCAAUCCUAGGUUCUUUGUUAAUAGCGGCUUUCUACUGAGCUCUGCUGGUUGCAGCAGCUGUAUGGAUUUCCCAAUUGGACCUAGGCUGCACACCUGUCAGAUUUGGCCCAGCAUUGCUUGCUUUCCGCUGGACUGUAGGCCCCAGGAGGAGGAUGCCAGUCACAGAGCCUCAGUGCCAUAGAGGGAGAUGAGCCAGGAGAACCGAGAGGCCUUAUCCAGCCUCUCCCAAGGCGGUGGGCUUGACCCCGCCUGGCCGUUGGCUAUCUUCCCUACUGGAGCUCUUAUCCCAUUAGCACUCACCAUUUCCUCCAUCUGUUCCCAUGGGAUCCAUUCUUCAAACUUGGAGGGAGGAAAUCAGGGCUGGACUGAUAACAGACUCGGGUGCUAGUACACUGGUUCCUGUUAUAUCUAGACAGUCCACCAAACCAGGUAGGCUGCAAGAGGUCAGCCUGGGCUUGGGAGGUGGGGAGCAGGCUUCCUCUCAACCUAGGUCCCUGGAGAUCUGGGAAGGCCCCACCUUGCUGGCCUCCCCAGACUUGCUGGCACAGCUUCAACUACAGAGGCCCUAGGGCAGAGAUGUAAACACAGUCAGAAACCCUCCUGCCCCAGGGGUGGGGCAUAAAGCCCAGAGCAUCACAGGGCGGGGCGCCUACCAUCUGAAUGAAGGUGGAAGGCUGGUAGUGGCUCAAGUACAAGUUGGAGGAGGUGCAGGCCCCUAGCUGGGGGCUCUCAGUGCACCUCACUUUACCAUCCUUUAUUGCUUUCCUUGCUUACGCUUCUCCCUGGCCCUUCCUUUCUUCUUUGGGUCCUCCCGGGCUCCUCUGACUCUUCUCUGGUUAGUUAGGCUCUGUUCUGACCCCGGCCAUCUGUGGUCUGUCUCUUUUCUGCCUCACCCUUCUCUUCUAAUUGCCUCGCGGCCCCUACACACACACCUGGCGGUGACCUCGAACCAAUCCCUUGGCCUCCCUUCUCUUUUCUCUUUGGGGCCCAGAAAUUCCAGGCCCUCGCAGUCCGCGGUCCGGGUCCACGAUUUGACCAUCCCUGCACCUUUCCUGACGUCUCACCAGGAAACCAGCCCUAACUCGCCAGAGCGCGUCUCCCCGUCUGCCUCCCCUCCAGCCCCGCCCUGACUCCUCCCGGCCCCAGGGGCCCCUCCCGCCUCCUCCCGGCUCACCCGCCCCUCCAGACUCCAGGGCUGGGCCGGCAGCCGGAGGACACACAGCUGCAAGCUGGGAGUCCCGGCAGGGCUUGACCCAAGGACCCCCCCAGAGCUGGCGGAAGCCGAACCCAGAGCACCACUGGUGGCCCUUUUCCUGGGCCGGGUCAUGCGUUGCCGCAAGUGCCAGCUCUGCCUGUCAGCACUGCUCACACUCCUGGGCCUCAAAGUGUACAUCGAAUGGACAUCCGAGUCCUGGUUUAACAAGGCUGAACCCCGGGGCACCCUGCUCAGUCCCACAUCACACAAUGCUGUGCCCACCCUGCCCAUGAACCUCUCAGCACGCCUGGGUCAGAUUGGUCCACUGUCCUUGGCUUACUGGAACCAGAAGCAGCGGAACCUGGGAGUUCUGCCCAGUACGAACUGCCAGACUUGGGGGACUGUUGCAGCCUCGGAGAUCUUGGACUUCUUGUUGUACCCCCAGGACUUUCAGCGCUUCUUGCUGUCAGCAGCUUGUAGGAGCUUCCCUCUAUGGUUGCCUACAGAGGGAGGCAGCCCAGUGGCCAGCUGCUCUGAUAAAGAUGUCCCCUACCUGCUCCUGGCCGUCAAGUCUGAGCCAGGACACUUUGCAGCACGCCAGGCUGUGAGGGAGACCUGGGGCAGUGCAGUCGCUGGGACCCGGUUGCUCUUCCUGCUGGGGUCCCCACUAGGAAUGGGCGGGCCUGACCUAAGAUCACUGGUGACAUGGGAGAGCCAGCACUACGGUGACUUGCUGCUCUGGGACUUCCUGGACGUUCCCUACAACCGGACACUCAAAGACCUGCUGCUGCUGACCUGGCUGAGCCACCACUGCCCCAAUGUGAAUUUUGUUCUGCAGGUUCAGGACGACGCCUUCGUGCAUAUCCCUGCCCUGCUGGAGCACCUGCAGACCCUACCACCCACCUGGGCCCAUAGCCUCUACCUGGGUGAGGUCUUCACCCAGGCCAAGCCACUCCGCAAGCCUGGCCCUUUCUAUGUGCCGAGGACCUUCUUUGAAGGUGACUACCCAGCCUACGCAAGUGGAGGUGGUUAUGUCAUCUCAGGACGCCUGGCCCCCUGGCUGCUGCAGGCAGCAGCCCGUGUGGUGCCUUUCCCCUUUGAUGAUGUCUACACUGGCUUCUGCUUCCGUGCCCUGGGCUUAGUGCCCCGUGCCCAUCCAGGAUUCCUCACAGCCUGGCCAGCAGAUCGCACCAGGGACCCCUGCACAAUACGAGGCUUGCUGCUGGUGCAUCCAGUCAGCCCCCAGGACACUAUUAGGCUCUGGAAACACCUGUGGGGUCCAGAGCUCCAGUGCUGAGCCUCAGAGACAAGCUAGAGUGGGGGUGGGGAUGAUGAGCUGUCCUAAGACCCUUCUAACCCCUUCCCAGUCAAGAACUGGACAGGCCAGAUAAGAUGGCAAACUGCGCUCACCUACUUUCAAAUUUGACAAUGAUGUCCUCCCUACAAUGAGGCUAGGAGUUGUUUUUUUUCAUAUGUGGGACCCCUGCAGGGAAGGCAGAUGUUGUUGCACCCUAAACCUUCACACAGACACUUUGCUAGACAGCAAUCUUGUACCAGGCUAUGAGCGAGCUCUGGAGGACACAUGUACCAAAGCUGCCUUCCAGCUUGGGAAAGUUUAUAGAAGUAGGGAUCUAUAAGUGGAGAAAAGCCUUUAGUUUUUUCUGCCUAAAGCCAGGCUAUCCCCAAAGGCUGGUGUGGUGGUCCAGGCUAUCCCCAAAGACUGGUGUGGCAGUCUAGGCUAUCCCCAAAGGCUGGUAUGGUGGUCUAGGCUAUCCCCAAAGGCUGGUAUGGUGGUCUAGGCUAUCCCCAAAGGCUGGUGUGGUGGUCUAGGCUAUCCCCAAAGGCUGGUGUGGUGGUCUAGGCUAUCCCCAAAGGCUGGUGUGGCGGUCUAAGCUAUCCCCAAAGACUGGUGUGGUGGUCAUCCUAUAAUCCCAGAACUCAGAGGGUGAAACGGGAAGAUCACAAAUUCCAGUCCAACCUGGGCUACACGUUGAGAUCCUGUAACAAAAAUUAACACCCCCCUCCCUGCAAACAAAUCA